GUGGCGGCCCCGCCCCGUGUCUUGGAAUUGCCGCGGCCGCCACCGCUGCCUCCGCUGCAGCCGGAGGGGACCCGCGCCGGUGCGCAGAGGGAAGGCGCUCUUUCUUCGCUGAAAGCUCCUUGGAGAAGCCGCCGCCUCCCCAGCCCACCCAUGGCGGAUGAGAUUGAUUUCACUACCGGCGAUGCCGGGGCUUCCAGCACGUACCCGAUGCAGUGCUCGGCCCUGCGCAAGAACGGCUUCGUGGUGCUCAAGGGACGACCAUGCAAAAUAGUCGAGAUGUCGACUUCCAAAACGGGGAAGCACGGCCAUGCCAAGGUUACCCUUGUUGGAAUGGAAAUUUUCGGCCAAAAAUAUGAAGAUAUUUGCCCUUCUACUCACAAUAUGGAUGUUCCAAAUAUUAAGAGAAAUGACUAUCAACUGAUAUGCAUUCAGGAUGGUUACCUUUCCUUGCUGACAGAAACUGGUGAAGUUCGUGAGGAUCUAAAGCUGCCAGAAGGUGAACUAGGCAAAGAAAUAGAAGGAAAAUAUAAUGCAGGUGAAGAUGUACAGGUGUCUGUCAUGUGUGCGAUGAGUGAAGAAUAUGCUGUAGCCAUAAAGCCCUGCAAAUAAAUGGGAGCAUCAGGCAUGACAAACUGUUUAGGUCUGGAUCAGCUACAGAUCUCAAGUUUGGUUCUAAGUUGUCACCAAAGCUAUGGCCUUCAGAAGCAACCUCAUUUAUCUUUUAAUUGUCUUGAAAUUGUGCUGAGUUAGUUUUGCACGCAAUUAGUAAUUUAAAAAAAUAAUCACGAUGUAUAAUUCUUUUUUUUUUUUUGUAGGUAUUUUUUAUAACAUUCCUGUGGUUGUCAGUAUGUGAGUCCAAGAAACAGACAAGGUAGCUUCCACAGAUGUGAUUUGAGUAUAUCAUUCGUGAAUUUUAGUUAAGUGAUAAAUAAACCAGGGUUUUAAAUCAAACAAUGUAGCAUCCAGUGCUAUCGAAGUACCACAUUUAAGUUGAAUUGUUCUGUAUUAAUUUCACACCUAACAUAUAGAGUAAGUAGAUAAUGGAUUGGAAUUGUCACAGUUUCAGCCGAUGUGUGGCAAGCACAAUUCUUAAACAAAAAUCAUGUUAUCAGAAAGUGUCAGUGCAGUACCCUGUAUUACCUUGGUCUUACUGUUCUUUGCCAAAUUGUUGGCCGACUUAAUAUAACCUUAUAUAUGGUGAUUUUUAUACCUGCUGUGGUUGACAGAGAGGCAGUAAACUGUUGGGUAACUAUUAAAAAAUCAUAUUGUAAAGAAGACACAGGGACAGUGGCAAAAUGAGUUCGUUAAAGCUAUACUUUUUUACUUGAGGCCUUUGUAAUCAGAAAGCUUCUAGUUGUACUUUUGCUUUCAGCUUUUGGUCUCUCUUUCUCUCUCUCUUUUUCUCUUUCUCUCUCUAUUUAAAGCAGUGACUUGCUUUGCAAGGUAGUAUGCAGUGCUUUUCAUUAUGUUGAUAAAUGUUAUUUUAGUAGUCAUUCCUUUCCAAGCAUUUGUAAGUAGACUUUUUUAACAUCAAAAUAUUUAUGUCAUCUAAGAAAUAUAUAUGUAUUUAUGUCAGACAAAGACUGGAAAUUCUAACUUCAAAUUGAAACAGUUGUUAAAUUUAUGUACACUUUUUUCUAGAAUGAAAUGAAUUAUGGAAGAAAAGUUACUUUAUGUGAUAAUCAUUAAGAAGUACUUAUAUGUAUUUUUUCUGAUUGUCACGUGACUUAAUUCAGUUACUCAUGUAGCUAGGAAGAAAUUCUGUAAAACUGAAUUAUUUUAAAAAGUGUUUUAGGUGACUGCUACAUUUCUGUACCCACACACCUUAUUUCCAGAAUUCUAAACAUUGUCAUAGGGUUUGUGAGGACCUUUGACUCAGUAACAACGAUGAUAUUGGAGUGAAACUCAGAACAAAAUUACUGUUUCAGAAUACCUCCAUUCUCUAUGACUGAUUAUGAGACCUCUCCCAUCACGCCUUGACUUACACAAGGCCUUUAUUCCUAUCCCUAUCAUCUAGAAGAAAAUAUGUGGUACUGCAACUAAUCUAAUCAGUGGCUGGAAAUAGCAUUAAAAACAGAAGAUCCCAAAGUUUUGUUGCUUAA